AUGGCUAAACAGGAAUCAGCCAGCACAUUUGAUGCAUACAGGCGCGGCAAUUGCGUCAUUGAUCGUAUCUCGCGUUGGGCUUCAUCACUUUCUUCUUCUCCCGCCUUGCCCACUGUUCACUACUCCUCUUCUACCCACCAACAGCCCACUCAACUGUGCAUACCAUCCCGACCCCGAACCUCUCUAUACCAUCGCCAGUGCAUACCUCGAUCCGUCCACCGUCCAACAACCGCCCUCGCUCUACUAUCAAGAAACCCCGCCCGGAUCGCCACCCCAACCCCAACAACCACCAAAUUCAUCACCACCACAACCCGCACCAUGUCCUCCGACGACGCCUACAUGUCUUUCCUCAACAAAGCCAACGCCGACCUCGACACCGCCCGAAACAACCAACAAGCGAGCAGCAGCGGGGGUGGUGCCGCGCGCACCGAAACCAUACACACGGGCGUCAGCAUCCCCGGCCCACUCACCUCCGUGGACGCAUUCUACAUCUCCGAAACCGACGAGCCCUUCGAGCCGGUCGCGCUGAAAUGGGACGGUGCCCAUCGGGGCGUGUGGCCUGAUGCUUCAAACUUCUCCAACCUCAUCUCCGAAACCGACGACCUCGCCUCCGCCAUCGAGACCCUCUCCCCGGCGUCCUUCGACCCCAAGAACCAGUAUGCCUCGGCCCUGCGCGCGGUGCGCGCCGCGGCCGCCAGCCAGGCGUCCGGCGUGGAGGAGGCGGACGUCGACGUCAAGGUCUACCGGGUUGAGGUCGGGAGCGCGCGGGUGGAGUAUUAUGUGGUGGCUUUGCAGGCGGAGGGGGGCUUGCUUGUGGGGUUGAGGGCUAAGGCGAUUGAGUCUUAG